ACCGUCCUUCCUGCGUUGGCCCUAUGGUAUCGUUGGUUGGUAGUCAGGCGUCGUGCACGCGCGGACCCGACGGCCAUGGCGCAAAGUGGGGCCAUCCUACCAACCCUCCGGCCUCCACUUAGUGGCAACAACCGCCGCCCGCUGCAGUCGCAAGAUUCUUACCUCGGCGAGAACAUCGCGAAACGGAAAAUUGCAGUGCAGCGGGAGGCUCCUCCAGCGUAUCACGGGAAGGAACUCGCGGAGGGUGAGACGGUAGUCCCUACCGCUCCGCCCCAGGGGGCCGAGACCCCUCCGGCGUAUUCGACGCCUACCCUCGCACCGUUGCCUCCAGCUUACAUACCAGACAAUGUACGUCUAAUUUAUUCGCGCCAUUAUCUUUGAUACCCAAAUUUCUGUAGACUUCUCGUCAGGCUACUCAGGUAGCAUGACAGUCCCACUCGAUGUCUGAGAUGCGCGAAGAGUCAUAAUGUCCUUUCCUGCCAACACUUGUAUCGCUAAUACACACAAAGAU